AUUCAUAAAGCCUUACAAACCUACCAGUAUAUUCAAAGCUUUGACACCGAAAGGAUGGAACCCCACCUCUCCUCUUCAAACACUCAACAUCUCCUGGAACAACAGCCACCCACCACCACCACCACCACCAAAAGCCAUGGAAAACUAGCAUUAAUCCCACUUGUUUUCCUCAUCUUCUUUGAGGUAUCAGGGGGUCCUUAUGGUGAAGAAUCAGCUGUGGGAGCUGCUGGGCCUCUUUGGGCCAUACUGGGCUUUUUCAUAUUUCCCUUCAUUUGGAGCAUCCCCGAGGCCCUUGUCACCGCCGAGCUCGCCACCGCCUUUCCAGGCAACGGUGGUUUUGUCGUCUGGGCCCAUCAGGCCUUCGGACCCUUCUGGGGUUCCCUGAUGGGUUCCUGGAAGUUCCUUACUGGUGUCCUGAAUCUGGCUUCAUAUCCAGUUCUUUGCAUAGACUAUCUCAAGUUGGUUUUCCCAGUUUUCUCUUUAGGUGUGCCUCGCUAUAUUGCCAUAUUGGUCUCAACUUUGGUGUUGUCGUUUCUAAACUAUACAGGUUUGGCAAUUGUUGGUUACACUGCUGUUACUUUAGGUAUCGUGUCACUUUCACCAUUUGUAGUACUGACAUUAGUUUCAAUCCCCAAGAUUGAUCCUUCAAGAUGGAUCAGUUUAGGACAGAAGGGUGUCCAAAAGGAUUGGACAUUGUUUUUUAAUACUUUGUUUUGGAACUUAAAUUUUUGGGAUAGUGCUAGUACUUUAGCUGGUGAAGUUGAGCAACCUCAAAGGACUUUUCCAAUAGCACUUUUAUCUGCUGGCGUGCUCACUUGUUUAGGUUACUUAGUACCUCUUUUAGCUGCCACAGGGGCUAUACCAUUAAGCCAAGAAGAUUGGACUGAUGGCUAUUUUGCUUAUGUAGCUGAAAUGGUUGCUGGGAAAUGGUUGAAAUUAUGGAUGGAAAUUGGUGCAUGUUUAUCUGUUAUUGGAUUAUAUGAAGCACAAUUGAGUAGUUGUGCAUACCAAGUUUUAGGCAUGGCUGACUUGGGAUUUUUGCCAGAAUUUUUUGGUGUGAGAUCGAAGUGGUUUAACACACCUUGGGUGGCAAUUCUGGUCUCAACAGUAAUAGCAUUAGCAGGUUGUUAUAUGGAUUUUGCAGACAUAAUUUCUUCAGUGAAUUUCUUGUACAGUUUAGGCAUGUUGUUGGAAUUUGCAUCAUUUUUAUGGCUGAGGAGGAAAAUGCCAAGUAUAGACAGGCCAUUUAGGGUUCCAAUGGGAUUGCCUGGCUUGAUCAUAAUGUGCUUGAUUCCAUCUGUGUUUCUGGUCUAUGUUAUGGCUGUGGCAACCAGAACUGUGUAUAUGGUGAGCUUUAUUUUGACUGUUCUUGGGAUUUUAUGGUACUUCUUCAUGAAGUUUUGCAAAUCAAAGAUGUGGCUUCAAUUUAACAGCACUGGAGAAAAACUGGAAUAUGAGGAUUAGAGUAGGUUUUUUUCUGUUUAUUCUAUUGUUCAGGAAUUGUUUGCUUGUAUUGAAAUUGUUUCUGGUCAUCUGUGAAGUCAUGUAUAUACUCAACUUCUGAUCUUAUAAAAAGAAAAAUCAAAUUUAUUUUUGUUCA